AUGGCUCAGGAUUCUCAUAAUCAGACCACAUCUAACCCCCCCUCGAACUCCUGGACGGAACCGCCGUGGACGGGUUGGAUAGAGACGACGGGAGAUGCGCUAUUGAUCCUCGAAGCCGCCCGCAGAGGGCUCAUCCCCCGAGUGACCCGCCGCCUGGUCGACUCAGAGCGGAAAAUGAUCACCUCAGGCUCCGUGUUCGUGUUUGACGAGGACGAGAGCGGGAUCAAGCGUUGGACCGACGGCUUUUUCUGGAGUCCGAGUCGCAUCCUGGGCAAUUUCCUCCUCUAUCGCGAGACCGAGAAGCGCGGGGCGGGCCAUCGCAGUGCCCGCGCGGAGCAGGCCCAGCAGGCCGCGGCCGCGGCCGCAGCUGCUGCUGCACAGGAGGAGCACCAGGUCCAGUUCGCCGACGGCAAGGACAUGCAGUCCCUCAGCCGGCCCAAGAGUGAGUCCAGCAGGAUGGGCAUCGAUCGCCAGCGCGAGCGGAGCCUCGUCGGCAGCUUGACCAACAGCUAUAAGUUCAAGCCGGGCGGGAUGAUGAAGAAGACUUUUUCGCUCACCAUCGGCGGAGUUGCGCAGCACCUGAUAUCGUACUACAAGGUGGAAGACGUUGAGCAAGGCCGGCUGAGGGCGCCGUCGACGCUACCGGAGCUCGCCUCGCUGGACAUAAGUCCAGAGUACCUGGACAAGACCCAUUUCCGGAACCCGCCCAAGGUAGAAAUCGGCGUGGACGGGAUCCCGCGGUACCGCGGGGAGGGCGAUGACGCGGACACGUCGCCGCAGCUGGUCGCAGCACCAUUGUCGAUGCCGAUGUAUGGGGACCAGGACGGUUCAGGCAAGCGGAGCAAGAGGUACGAUCCCUACAGCGGGACGGCGCCGAAGCGCUCGCGCAAGAGCAAAAGCGGUGCAGACGCGCAUGCGAGCGCGGACGCACACGCGGUUCAGCAGCCACAGCCUGGCUACUCGGACGGGGCGACAAUGCACACAUACGCACCGUACAGCUAUUACCAGCUGCCGCCGCCCUCAGUGUACCUGCCACCAAUGUACUCGCAGCCGCCUUACCCCGCGCUUCCCCCACCACCGUCGUCUUCUUCGCCGAUACCGGCGCACACACCGUCCCCGCCCCAGGUGUACCCAAGCGGAUAUUCGGUAGAUGGAGCGCAGCCAGCAAUGUACCCGCCGUACUAUGCGCCCCCGCACGGCUAUGCUGCAUAUCCGGGCAUGUCGUGGCCACACUAUACUGGAUAUCCUCCACCUCAGGUGCCGCAACCGCAGAGGGAAGACGCGCGGAAUACGGAGAGCGAUGAUCGCGAUGCUGGUGGUGCGUAG